AUGGCGGCAUCAUCGAAAUCCAAUGUUAUAGAAAGAAGAAGAAAAGUGGCGGCUGCAACCAAAUCGAAUCCACCAAAAAGAAGAAAGACGGCGGCACCGGCAACGGCAACAGCGAAAGCAAAAAACCCAGAGAAAAGAAGAAUAACAAAAAGUACGGCAACAUGUUCAUGUUUACCGGAUGAUUUAUGGGAGUUGAUCUUCAAAUCUCUGAACAGCGACAACCUCAAUUUCAAGUCUCUCUCGGCUGUCUCGAAACAGUUUCUCUCUAUCACCAACCGUAUGCGAAUCUCCCUCACAGUCACCGAUGAAACCAUACCUUAUCUUCCUCGACUCCUCCACCGCUUCCCUAACCUCACAUCCGUCGACCUCACUCGCUUAUCCCAAGCACGUGAUCUCGGCGCCAUUCUUACACAAAUCUCCACCUUCUCCUUUGAUCUGCGUGCAUUGUCAUGCAACAGCUUCGCUGCAAAUGGAUUACUAGCUUUGUCUAAAACCAUGAAAAAUUUGACAUCUUUCUCAUUUACCCCUCUCACUCCCUUUACUCGAAGAAUGAGUAUUAUCAAGAAGAAUGACCUUUUAUUCAUAGUUGAUUGUUUCCCUUUACUCGAAAAACUCAUUCUCACUUAUUCCAAUGAUUAUCCCAUUGAGGAAUUCUCCAAGAUUGAUUUUUUUGAUCAGGCUGUUUUUCUUGAAUAG